CCCUUCACCUCGAUUCAUAUACCAAUUACAAAAUACAAUGAGAGGGGGCGUCUUACUAUUCGUCGUACUUGCGGCGGCCUUCAUUUCCAGUGGGGAAGGGCUUUCGUGUUACCAAUGCUUUAAUUUGAGAGGUGUCACACCCGACCGACUCCCGCCAGGGUUUAAUUUUGGCGCCGGCUGUGAAACCGGCAGUCUGAGCGACUCAUUCCGAGCCCCGUGUGACUCAGCAGAGGAUGCCUGCGUGUCGAUGGAAAUGAAGGUGAACGACUCCAUUUCCCUGAUUGUGCGAGAAUGCGUCCUCCUCAGCGUGGCGGGAAGCAGUGGGUGUUCGAAACCUGAAGGAUCACUUCAAGGGGUCAUUUGGCAAAUGAUUAAAGCCGUUGAACCCCUCCUUUUCAGUCCCACAUUCCUGCCACAAAACCCACCAGCUGAUUCCACGAUGGAUCUGUGCACCUGUACGGGAGACGAUUGUAAUGCAGCUUUUGCGGUUAAAGCGGGACCACUUUUUGUCUUUGUGGCAAUCGUAACAGGUAUUAUGGCGAGCAUGGUUUAAUUUAAAUAUUUAGUUUUUCUUCUAGUUGUCAAAAUUUGUGUAGCCCCUACGAAUUGCGAUACGGGCAUGUUUAAAUAUUCUUGAUUAAAUUAAUAAA